AUGAUCCGAAUACCUCGACCUUCCUCGUCACUUGUACCAAGGCUGAAAGCCGUUCAGCCGUCCAGCUCGAUACUGCGGAAAGGAUAUGCCUCUUCGUCUUCACACACCCUCUCUCCAGCAUCCGUCGUCACCACACUACCCAAUAAAGUCCGAGUGGCAACUGAAGCCCUUCCCGGUCACUUCCACGCAGUGGGUGUCUACGUAGAUGCCGGUAGUCGGUUUGAGAGUCAGAGGACAAGUGGGAUAUCCCAUCUGUUAGAUAGGUUGGCUUUCAAGAGUACAGACAAACAUUCCGAUGAAGAGAUGACUCGCUUGAUCGAUUCCCUGGGAUCUCAAGUAACAUGUUCUUCCUCAAGAGAAACAAUCAUGUAUCAAUCUACAGUAUUUCCCGAAUCCUUACCUCUAGCUCUCGAAUUGAUCUCAUCGACUAUUAGACAUCCAUUAUUAUUACCUGAGGAAAUAUUAGCUCAAAAGGAAGCUGCUUCUUACGAAAUAAGGGAAAUAUGGAAUAAACCAGAAUUGAUUUUACCUGAGAUAUUCCAUACGGUCGCUUUCCAGAAUAAUACAUUGGGUAUGCCAUUACUAUGUCCUGAAAGUCAAUUGCCGAAAUUGGGGGAACAGGAAGUAAGAGGAUUUAUGAGUGAUUGGUAUAGACCCGAGAGAAUCGUCGUAGCUGGUAUUGGAAUGCCUCAUGAUCAAUUGGUAGAAUUAUCACAGAAAUUCUUUGGCGACAUACAACCUUCUACCUCAACCCCUUCCUCUUCGACUUUACAUACUCCUACACAACAACCACAAACACCGAUAGGAAGUAAAUCGUUUGCGACCGUAUCGAAUGUAGCUGCACCAUCAGACUACGACGGACUGGUCAAUGCCAAAGCGGUAUAUACUGGCGGGGAAUAUUACGUAGAAAACCCGGAGGAUAAAUUGGUUCAUAUACAUAUUGGGUUUGAGGCAUUGGGUAUACAUGAUCCUGACAUUUACGCUUUGGCUACGUUGCAGACGUUACUAGGCGGUGGUGGUAGUUUCUCAGCUGGUGGCCCAGGAAAGGGAAUGUACACCCGACUAUACACUAAAGUCCUCAACCAGCAUUACUCUGUCGAUUACUGCGCAGGCUUCCACCACUGUUACGCUGAUUCCGGCUUGUUCGGUAUAGCGGCCUCAGUCUAUCCGGAAUUUGCACCUAGGAUAGUGGAUGUGAUUGCUGGCCAGUUGCAUUCUCUCACUGGUCAGAUGUUCGGGGGAAUUGAACAGAAGGAAUUUCUGAGGGCGAAGAAUAUGUUGAAAUCUACGUUGGUCAUGGCUUUGGAGAGUAAAUUGACUGCUGUAGAGGAUCUAGGUAGACAAGUUCAGAUUCACGGACACAAAGUGCCUGUAGAGGAGAUGUGUGCGAAGAUUGAUGAGUUGACUUUGGAGGAUCUUUGGAGGACGGCCAACAGGGUACUCAGACCUGCAUCUGCAUCAUCAAGGUUGAAUUACGGAUUGGGUUCUGGAAAAGCGACGAUAGUAGCUCAGGGACCUAAUCUGAGAGCUUUGGGAGAUGUCAAGAGGACGUUGAAGGAUAGAUGGGGAUUGGGGUUGUAA